GAGCGGGCGGCCGUUGGCCGGGCUGCGCGUUCCUGCGCCUGCCGAGGGGAGGCUGGCGCGCGCUGCCCCUUACCGGCCGUCGCGUGCUUUAAUCCCAGGUUAGUCCGGUGCCAGUGGAACGGGCCCACCCCGGCAGGGCCACCCCACGGACGGGCCUCAGGCAGCCCCGCUUCGAGGCGGGCGAGAAGGAGGAGGAAGAGAAGAGUUUGAAAAUGGGCCCUCCUUAAAGAUAAAAGCUUAUAUGGAUAAAACUGUGCCUACUAAACAAUGGCAUCCUAUAUUAAAAACUGCAUGGCAAAUGUGCUGCUGCUCAAUGACAGUGACCACUAAUAAGAGCAGUCUUCUCAACGAAGAUAUACGCCACCCUCCCCAGCCUGUACCCGCCAGUGGAACACUGCUCUCCUGGGGGAAGGAUUCCUUGGUCACCCUUCAGCUCCAGUUUGGCUCAGUCCCUCCACACCUGACUAAACUCAGCAUAGAGACAAAGUUAUCCAGCCUCUUGGAACCUGUGUCGUUUCUGAGCUCUCACCAGGACCCUGUUUUCAAGUCUUUCUCCACAGCAAUGGAGGCUAGAAACUUCCUUCUUUUUAAAAUGAAAGCUGAGAUUUGCAUGCAUUCCCUUGACUCCAGCAGCUGGGAUGCUCAGAAAAACACCCAAUAUUGUGAGACCCACAAUAAGAUCGUGAGAGCUGGCAAUACUGUGUUGACAGAGCAUUUGCUCUGCUGCCUAACUGGAACAUAUCCUGUUCAGAGAGCAUAUUGCUUCGCCAUUACUUAUCUGUGCUGGAGGUUCCGGGUCCCUUUGAGCAACAACUUGUGCCCAUCUGUUUCCCUCCAUAUUGUGCUACAGAGGGGAGCGUGCUCCUAUAUAACUGAAGAUCAGACUAAGAUCAGAGGGCCUGUCUCUCCUCUCAGCAAGAUCAGUUUUACUCCUCUGCACAUCAAUUAAAAUUGGUUGCACCCAAUUUACAGCAGCGUAAGUGGAAAGGGAACCAAGCUCAAUAUUUUUGGAACAUAUCACGUAAGUGGUAAGUUUCCAGGGGAGAGUCACAAUAAAUAAAACAACAACAUAAAGUGUCUUUGUUAUAACUCUAGCCAGUUUAGAAAGUUUAAUAGUACAGGACAAUAUGUUCUUAAGUGCAAAUCUAGCAGACACCAUGAGAUCUAGAAACCCAAGGAUUAUUGUGUGCCUAUAUUGAUUUUGAAUGGCAUGCUUUACUGUUCUGUGGUUUUGUUUUCUCAUAUCCUACUGCAUAAUCAUGCAUAGCAACUGAAAACAAAGCCAUCAAUUUGAGCAAAAAUAUUGGGCCAGGUCAGUGGCUGGGGUAACUGACCUAACUCCACCUGAGGAUCUUUCCCAGCAUCUGUAGUUGUACCACAGAUGUUUUUAAUCCAGUUCAACAAAUGCAUGCAUAAAGCUCUAUUCAGUGCAAUAGCAGUGAUAGAUGUGGUGGUGUUUGUUCACUGGGCAUGAACAUUCAGAACAAACAUUUGUAUUUUUUAAAAUAAUUUCUUCACGGAGGGCCAGGCAGCAGCGCUGGUGUCUGAGCUCUGUAAAAAAAUAGAAGGCGGGGGCUACACUUGAGCCUGUUUUCUAGUUGGAAUAGUGGAAAGCUCUCCCCACUCUUAGCUUCCAGACCUUUGUAGUAUUUUUCAUUCAAAGAAUGAAAGCAAGCAUGCAAAGUAUUCCACUUAGGAAUAUUCACUUGUUUUUCUGGCAGCCAUUCUAACUUCCUGAUCCUCACUGAUGCCAUCUUGGGUGUAAAUUGCUGGUAUGAAACACAAAUCGCAGACUUUGAAGGGAAUAUUUUAAAGUAUGUAAUUAAAAAUGACUGUGGAUUUUCUGUCAGCAGAGGAUCUUUGAUGCACCUGUUCUCUCUCUCACAGGGAUAAUCCCAUUCUAAUCCUUUUUAAAAAUUUCACCUGCCUUUAAAAGUCUGUUGCUGCCCUUUUUGAAGGAUGGACCUGUUUUUCUAGUGAUGAUUAUACUGACCAUCUGUCAAUGGCAGACAUUUCACUCCAUGCAAUAGUGAUAAUAUUAAGAUGAAAAAAAGAAUUGGUUUGGGUUGCUGUGACAUCUAUUUCCAUCUUUUUCUAUACAUUAGUAUUCA